UAUACCGAUACUGAGAUUAAUAAUGAGGCUUGUCACCUGCCGAAAUCUACAUGCAGGGAGCCCUGAAAUCCCGAUCUCCCCAGGCAGCGAGACCUCGAUGGUGGGGCAGAUCGGAUGGCCCCUGCGUCUGUUUAAUGGGCAGCGGGGCACAGCGACGCGCCGGGCACCAAAAUUCUGGUGUCCAACGCGUCCGACGCGAUCCACAUCCCGCCUCUCCUCUUAAAAGAAGAUCGCGCAAAAGCAGCAAAGGCCCUUCCCUUCUCUCUUUUUGCAUCCUCCACCCCCAACCGCCAAACCCACGAAUAACUCCAAGGACUGUCUGGCACCAGCCUUGUUUUCUUUUUCGACAAAGCAUCUUUGCCAGCAGCCGUGAUUUAUUGAGGGACUAGCUAUACGGCACCCUCACUUUUGCCAUUCUCUAUACCCACCAAAUUUGGCCGCCUUUGUUCUCUACACAACCGACGCCAUGUACGUCAAGAAGCGUGAUGGGCGCCAGGAGCGCGUUCAGUUCGACAAGAUCACAGCCCGUGUUUCAAGGCUUUGCUAUGGGCUUGACAUGGACCAUGUUGAUCCUGUUGCCAUCACUCAGAAAGUCAUUUCCGGGGUGUACGGAGGCGUUACAACAGCUCAGCUCGACGAUUUGGCCGCCGAGACUGCCGCUUACAUGACCGUCACCCACCCCGACUAUGCCAUUCUCGCCGCCCGUAUCGCGGUUUCCAACCUUCACAAGCAGACCAAGAAGCAAUGGUCGUCAGUCGUCAGCGAUUUGUACCACUACGUCAACCCAAAGAAUGGCCGCCCUUCGCCCAUGAUUGCCAAGGAGACAUACGAGUGCGUCAUGAGGCACAAGGACGACCUUGACUCAGCCAUUGUCUACGACCGUGACUUCAACUACCAAUACUUCGGCUUCAAGACACUGGAGCGCUCAUACCUUCUCAAGCUCAACGGCAAGAUUGUUGAGCGGCCACAGCACAUGAUCAUGCGUGUGGCUGUCGGCAUCUGGGGAGAUGACAUUGAGCGUGUCAUUGAGACCUAUACCUACAUGUCCAGCAAGUUCUUCACGCACGCCUCGCCAACUCUCUUCAAUGCCGGUACCCCCCAGGCUCAACUAUCGUCAUGCUUCUUGGUCGACAUGAAGGAUGACAGCAUUGACGGCAUUUACGAUACCCUCAAGACUUGCGCUAUGAUCUCCAAGAUGGCUGGUGGUAUUGGUCUCAACAUCCACCGCAUUCGUGCCACUGGUUCGUACAUUGCCGGCACCAACGGCACCUCCAACGGCAUUGUCCCCAUGCUUCGCGUCUUCAACAACACCGCUCGCUACGUCGAUCAAGGUGGCAACAAGCGCCCCGGCGCCUUCGCUAUCUACCUCGAGCCUUGGCACGCCGAUGUGUUUGAGUUCCUCGACCUCCGCAAGAACCACGGUAAGGAGGAAAUUCGCGCUCGCGAUCUCUUCCUUGCCUUGUGGAUCCCUGACCUGUUCAUGAAGCGUGUUGAAAAGAACGGAGAGUGGACCCUCAUGUGCCCCAACGAGUGCCCCGGCCUUGCCGACUGCUACGGCGAGGAGUUUGAGGCUCUGUAUGAGAAGUACGAGAAGGAGGGCCGUGGCCGCAAGACGAUCAAGGCCCAGAAGUUGUGGUAUGCCAUCCUCGAGGCCCAAACCGAGACUGGCAACCCCUUCAUGCUGUACAAGGACGCUUGCAAUCGCAAGAGCAACCAACAGAACCUUGGUGUGAUUCGCAGCUCCAACCUGUGCACUGAGAUUGUUGAGUACUCGGCCCCCGAUGAGGUUGCCGUCUGCAAUCUUGCCUCGCUCGCCCUUCCUCAGUUCGUUGACUAUAACGAAGCCAAGUUCGACUUCAAGAAGCUCCACGAGGUCACCCAGAUCGUCGUCCGCAACCUCAACAAGAUCAUCGAUGUCAACCACUACCCCGUCAAGGAGGCUUACAACAGCAACAUGCGCCACAGACCCAUUGGUCUUGGCGUUCAGGGUCUUGCUGAUGCUUUCCUCGCUCUACGCAUGCCUUUCGAGUCAGCUGAGGCUCGCGAGUUGAACAAGCAGAUCUUUGAGACCAUCUACCACGCUGCUUUGACCAUGUCGUGCCAGCUUGCCAAGGAGCAGGGCACCUACUCCACCUACGAGGGCUCUCCCGUCUCCAAGGGCAUCCUUCAGUAUGACAUGUGGAAUGUGAAGCCCAGCGACCUGUGGGACUGGGAUGAGCUCAAGGCCGAGAUCAAGAAGAGCGGCGUCCGCAACUCGCUGUUGGUUGCCCCCAUGCCGACGGCCUCCACCUCCCAGAUUCUGGGCAACAACGAGUGCUUCGAGCCCUAUACUUCCAACAUCUACCAGCGCCGUGUGCUUGCCGGCGAGUUCCAAGUCGUCAACCCCUGGCUUCUAAAGGACCUCGUCGAUAUGGGUCUCUGGUCUGACAACAUGAAGAACCGCAUCAUUGCGGAGGGUGGCUCCAUCCAAAACAUUCCCAACAUCCCGGCCGACAUCAAGGCCUUGUACAAGACCGUCUGGGAAAUCUCUCAGCGUACCAUCGUCCAGAUGGCUGCCGACCGUGGAGCCUUCAUCGAUCAGUCCCAGUCGCUCAACAUCCACAUGCGUGAUCCCACCAUGGGCAAGAUCACCAGCAUGCACUUCACUGGCUGGAAGUUGGGUCUCAAAACUGGCAUGUACUACCUCCGUACCCAGGCUGCUGCGCAGCCCAUCCAGUUCACCGUCGAUCAGGAGGCCCUCCUGGUGCAGGAUAGUGCCGUUGCCAAGACAUCAUCCGGGCUUAAGAAGCGCGCUCCUCCCGGCAGCUACAUGUCGUCCCCUAGCGCGGUCCCCCGGCCCAUGGCCUUUGUGAAGGAUACCCCCAGUGGUCUCAGCAACGGCGCUCCCACCACUCCUCCUCCUAUCAAGACCCCCACCGCUGGUGAGGUCAAGUCACGUCCUCUGGCAUCGCCAGCGAAGCCUCCUCCGUUCAAGGCGGACGUUCCGGAAGGUGACAGCCCCAAGGCUCUCCCCACCGAGCCGGCUGAGAAGCCCAAGGAGGAGUCGCUCGACGCUCCGGCUGCCGAGAUCAAAGAGGCGGAGGACAAUGACGACGAAAGCAAGGAGCGUGAGGUGGACAUUUAUUCCGAGGCAGUGCUUGCUUGCAGCAUUGAAAACCCCGAGGCCUGUGUGAUGUGCAGCGGUUAAUCUUUUUCUCCUUUUCUUUUCUUCUCAGCGAGGUUUAGAUUAUAUGUGUAUACAUGAGCGAGAGUAAAGCAAGCAUGGCGGGAAUGCUGUGUGACGACGGACAGAGUAGAUGAAUUGCACAGAAACGGGAGGUUGGGGGGCAUACAUGGACCGGUCAUAUGAGGGAUGAAGGAUUGUAAUAUUUGGGAGCUUUUUUCCCUGGUUUUUUUUUUUUUUUUUGUAUGAUGUCUUUUUGUUGUACCUGGUUUACACAAAGGAUAGUAAAGAGUGCGGGGCAAAAUGUUGUUGUGUGUGUGUGUGUGUGUGUGUGUGUGUGUGCGGUUGGCUUCGCCCGUCCUGUUAUUUGCUUUUUUCUUUAUUUAUUGCAUGGGAUAACGGAGCAUUGCACACACCAUCUAUACCCAGGCACAACACAACAAAUAUUACACUACACUUACAGCGCUGAGGGAACAAUCAAAAGGAGAGAGGGGUUUUGAUAGCAGUACGGAGUAUGCCUGGACAAAUGUAAUGGGUGCUGCAUCAUCACUUUUUCUUGCA